AUGAUUUCGGAGAGCUUUUUUCAAAAUUCACGCCUGGGCUCGCAACUGUUUUCUGGAGUCGCCGUUUAUGCUUUAAUGGCGCUGUACUCCAGAACCAGCUGUUGGGUCUUGCGCAGGCUAACAGGCAAUGCUGCUCAAUCCUUUUUAUAUCAUGUUGUCUCUGCUGCUCCCUCUCUCGAGCCACAUCGCCCUCAGCCCUCUCUCGAGCCACGCCUAAACUCAGCCCUCUCUCGAGCCACGUUCUCUCCUCAGCCCUCUCUCGAGCCACGCCUCAGUCUCUCGCCCUCCUCUCUCGAGCCCUCAAGUCUCUCGCCCUCAGCCCUCUCUCGAGCCACGCCUCAGUUCUCUCCCCUCAGCCCUCUCUCGAGCCACGCCUCAAGUCUCUCGCCCUCAGCCCUCUCUCGAGCCACGCCUCCAGUCUCUUCGCCCUCAGCCCUCUCUCGAGCCACGCCUCAAGUCUCUCGCCCCCUCAGCCCUCUCUCGAGCCACGCCCUCAAGUCUCUCGCCCUCAGCCCUCUCUCGAGCCACGCCUCCAGUCUCUCGCCCUCGCCCUCUCUCGAGCCACGCCUCCAGUCUCUCCCCCUCAGCCCUCUCUCGAAGCCACGCCUCAAGUCUCUCCCCCUCAGCCCUCUCUCGAGCCACGCCUCCAGUCUCUCGCCCUCAGCCCUCUCUCGAGCCACGCCUCAACUCUCUCGCCCUCAGCCCUCUCUCGAGCCACGCCUCAAGUCUCUCGCCUCAGCCCCUCUCUCGAGCCACGCCUCAGUCUCUCGCCCUCAGCCUCUCUCCCACUCCUCAGUCUCUCGCCUCAGCCCUCUCUCGAGCCACGCCUCCAGUCUCUCGGCCCUCAGCCCUCUCUCAGCCCUCUUCUCUCGGGCCCUCUCUCAACGCCUCCAGUCUCUCGAGCCCUCUCUCAGUGCCUCUCUCUCGCCCUCAGCCCUCUCUUCGAGCCAAGUCUCCCCCUCAGCCCUCUCUCGAGCCACGCCUCUCCAGUCUUCUUCGCCCUUCAGCCCUCUCUCGAGCCACGCCACAAGUCUCUCGCCCUCAGCCCUCUCUCGAGCCACGCCUACAAGUCUCUCGCCCUCAGCCCUCUCUCGAGCCACGCCUCCAGUCUCUCGCCCUCAGCCCUCUCUCGGCCACGCCCUCCAGUCUCUCGCCCUCAGCCCUCUCGAGCCACGCCUCCGUCUCUUCGCCCUCAGCCCUCUCUCGAGCCACGCCAUCGCCUUCCACGUCAGUUUCUCGCCCUCAGCCCUCUCUCGAGCCACGCCUCCAGUCUCUCGCCCUCAGCCCUCUCUCGAGCCACGCCUCCAGUCUCUCUCUCAGCCCCUCUCUCGCGCCACAGCUCUCAAAUCUCUCCCCCUCAGCUCGAGCCACGCCUCAAGUCUCUCAGCCCUCUCAGCCCUCUCUCUCGAGCCCACGCCUUCAAGCCCUCUCUCUCGCCCUCAGCCCUCUCUCGAGCCACGCCUCAAGUCUCUCGCCCUCAGCCCUCUCUCGAGCCACGCCUCCUCAGUCUCUCUCGCCCUCAGCCCUCUCUCGAGCCACGCCUACAAAGUCUCUCCCUCAGCCCUCUCUCGAGCCACGCCUUCUCUCACCCUCAGCCCUCUCUCGAGCCACGCCUCCUCUCGCCCUCAGCCCUCUCUCGAGCCACGUUCUCAAGUCUCUCGCCCUCAGCCCUCUCCGAGCCAGCCUCUCUCUCGAGCCCUCAGCCCUCUCAAGCCCCCUCGCCCUCGCCCUCAAGCCCCUCUCUCGAGCCACGCCUACAAGUCUCUCGCCCUCAGCCCUCUCUCGAGCCCUCAAGUCUCUCGCCCUCAGCCCUCUCUCGAGCCACGCCACAAAGUCUCCUAA